AUGAAUGCCUUCCUGAGCGAAAGGUAUCGGACAUUGGAAGCCAUCGAAGAUAUGAAACCGACUCAGGCAGUUCCAAAAAGGCUUCAAUCCUUCGAGACAAAGGUCAGCACCAAACAGAAAGGGUGUGACUUAUGUUCUAAGGAGAACCAUCCGCAACCUCCGAGACCCUCCAGCAGAAAUGCAUCGGCAAGCACCUCAGCGGUGCAAACUUUUUUCGCGUCCGGCACUUCAGCCGUCCUACUGAGCACAGCGAUCAUUGACGUGUGCCAUUUGGGGACGAACUACCGAGCCCGAGCCCUAAUCGACUCGGGAUCCGAGGCGACGUUCAUUUCAGAACGCUUGUUCAACCUCAUCAAGUUGCCAUUCCGCAACACCCAGACCCAAGUCUCCGGGUUAAAUCAUUCGGUCUCCGCGAAAUCCUCGAAGCUGUGUCACUUCGGGAUUCGCUCUCCUACUAAGCCAGGUCUACAGUUAGACACUGAAGCGUACGUCCUUCCGGAGCUCUCAGGCAAACUGCCCUCCUAUCCGAUCCCUCGGAAUUCUUUGAAGGACCUGCCCGCACUCCGCUGGGCAGAUCCUACCUUUUUUGAGAGCUCUCAAAUUGAUGUACUGAUCGGGGCUGACAUUCUACCAUCCAUAAUGAUGGAUGGCACCCGACAAAAUAUUUGCGGCUCGCUCUUGGGUCAAGAAACUAUUUUCGGGUGGGUGCUAACGGGGCUGAUUUCCAAGGGUAAUCCGAAACGGGUCGCAUCCUUCACGACCCAGGUGCACCAAAUAGGCGACCCUGAUUCGCUCGACACGCUUCUCAGCAAGUUCUGGGAGGUGGAGGAUCUACCAGUAAAGAUGGAGUACCUGGAUCUGGGUCAUAUAAAAGAAGUUCCGCCGACUCACAAUUCUCCCUCGUAUCAUCUUCCUCAUCACGCGGUAGUUAAGCCCGAAAGCACCACUACAAAGCUUCGCGUUGUAUUCAACGCUUCAAGUCCGUCGGCAAAUGGGACCAGCUUAAAUGAUAUCCUUCAUGCUGGUCCAGUCCUACAAUCCGAUCUAACGAUCCAGGUCCUGAAAUGGCGUUAUUUUCAAUACGUCUUCAGUGCAGACAUUACGAAAAUGUAUCGUCAGAUCUGGGUCGAUCCAAAACAUACCCCGUUUCAAAGAAUUCUGUUCCGAAACAAGGAAAGAGGUAUCCGAGACUUUGAAAUAAAAACAGUUACCUUCGGGGUCAACUGUGCACCCUUCCUCGCCAUUCGAGUCUUGCAACAGCUGGCAGAGGAUAUCCAAGUGCCAUUUCCAAAUGCCAGCCGCAUCAUCCAGCAGCACAUGUACGUCGACGACGUUCUGGCAGGGGCGAAUUCCUUCAACGAAGCCCAAAGUUCGAUUCGAGAGUUGCAAGCAGCCCUAAGUGCCUCCGGGUUUCCGCUAAGAAAGUGGACCUCGAACAACAAAAGCGUCCUUAAAGACGUCCCGGCCGAACACCUCCUUCAUAGCGAGUUCCUCGACAUCGAUGCCGAAAGCACGGCCAAGACGCUCGACGAGUAUUCCGACCUCAACCAGAUCCGCGUUCCGAGAUGGAUCUGGUACCAGCCUGAGGUAAUCAUAGAGCACCACGGUUUCUGUGACGCGUCUCAGAGAACCUAUGGAGCGGCUAUAUACAUCCGCGUCGAGAUGGGGCAAAAGAUCCUGACUCGCCUGCUUACAGCCAAAACACGAGUGGCCCCGAAAACCAUCUCUGGUGGCACGGACCAGAGUGGCUGCAAGGGCCACGAGAGCUAUGGCCAGCACAAAGCAACACUCUUCCAGUGA